GCGGACCCCGACCCCGCCAUGCGCGCGGCGCCCCUGCCGCCACCCGACUCAGACACAGAGGGGGACUCGGAUGACAGCACUGCCCUGGGCACCCUGGAGUUCACGCUUCUCUUCGACGCGGACAACAGUGCCCUGCACUGCACGGCCCAUCGCGCCAAGGGCCUCAAGCCACCAGCCUCAGGCUCUGUGGACACCUACGUCAAAGCCAACUUGCUGCCAGGGGCCAGCAAGGCCAGCCAGCUUCGCACACGCACGGUUCGGGGCACAAGGGGACCGGUGUGGGAGGAGACCCUCACCUACCACGGCUUCACCUGCCAGGACGCUGGGCACAAGACCCUGCGGCUGUGCGUGUGCGAGGACUCCCGGCUGCGGCGAAGGCGGAGCGCCCCCCCACUCGGGGAGCUGCGGGUCCCCCUGAGGAAGCUGGUGCCCAACCGAGCCAGGAGCUUCCGCGUCUGCCUGGAGAAGCGGAGGCUGGUUAAGAGGCCCAAGGGCCUGGACACAGCCCGAGGCAUGUCCCUGUACGAGAAGGAAGAGGCGGAGGCCAUGGCCGGGGAGGAGCGCGGGCGCAUCCUGCUGUCGCUGUGCUACAGCUCCCAGCGCCGCGGCCUGCUGGUGGGGGUGCUGCGCUGCGCCCACCUGGCCCCCAUGGACGCCAACGGCUACUCAGACCCCUUUGUCCGCCUUUUCCUGCACCCAAACGGGGGGAAGAAGUCCAAGUACAAGACCAGUGUUCGGAGAAAGACCCUGAACCCCGAGUUCAAUGAGGAAUUCUUCUACCCGGGCCGGAGGGAAGAGCUGGCCCAGAAGGCGCUGCUGGUGUCUGUGUGGGACUACGACCUGGGCACGGCCGAUGACUUCAUUGGCGGGGUACAGCUGAGCAGCCAGGCCAGUGGGGAGCGCCUGCGCCACUGGCACGAGUGCCUGGGCCGCUGCGACCACCGGCUGGAGCUGUGGCACCCGCUGGACGAUGCACCCCCGUGUGGUGACCCGUGAGCACGGGCCUGCGCGAGGCCUCCCCCGCAGCCGGGACACCGCUCAGGCUGCAAGGAGCCCUGGCUCUUCCCCACCUACGGCGCCCAUUCUAGCCCCUGCCUUUCAGCCACCUCACUCCAAGUA